CCCCGCGGCUCCCCUGCCCGCCCGCCCGCCCACCCGCGGCUCUGCAGCCGCCGCACGGCACGGGCGCUCCUGCCGGCGAGCUCCGGCUGCCCCGCGCUCCCCUGCCCAGCCCCGAGCCUUCCUUGCGCUCCCCCGCGCUCCCCGGCUGCCCUCGCACGGCGAUCCUCCCUCCCCGUGUCCGGCGGCGGCCGGCACCGCGACGCCCUCCGGACCCGCGCGGGACGCCCGACGCCGGCGAUGAUGGGGCAGAUCUCUGAUGGAAGGCAUUUCUUGGUGCAGUUUAUGAAAAUAAUGCAGUGAAAAUUUUGGCCAGUUGUGGAAAUACUGGCCCAAUUCCAAACCCAAGUAUAGCAUUUCUUAUAUUCUGUCGUACCUCAUAUCAGAAGAACCAUGUAUGGAAGCGCGAGAACAAUCAGUAACUUGGAAGGUAGCCCUUCCCGGUCGCCUCGCUUGCCAAGGUCUCCUCGUCUGGGCCACCGGAGAACCAGUAGUGGAGGCGGGGGAGGAACAGGUAAGACGUUGUCCAUGGAAAACAUCCAGUCCCUUAAUGCAGCCUAUGCAACAUCUGGACCAAUGUACUUGAGCGACCAUGAGGGGGUUGCCUCUACGACUUUCCCCAAGGGCACCAUGACCCUCGGAAGGGCUACGAACCGAGCUGUGUAUGGGGGUCGGGUCACAGCGAUGGGGAGUAGCCCCAAUAUUGCAUCUGCCGGCCUCUCCCACACCGAUGUCCUUUCUUACACUGACCAGCAUGGGGGUCUGACCACCUCGUCUCAUCAUCACCACCACCAAGUUCCUUCCAUGUUGAGGCAGGUAAGGGACAGCACCAUGCUGGAUUUGCAAGCUCAGCUUAAGGAGCUGCAGCGGGAGAAUGACCUCCUCCGCAAAGAGCUAGACAUCAAGGACAGCAAGCUGGGGUCCUCCAUGAACAGCAUCAAGACAUUUUGGAGCCCUGAACUGAAGAAAGAAAGAGUUCUGCGCAAAGAAGAGGCAGCCCGAAUGUCUGUGCUCAAGGAGCAGAUGAGGGUCUCCCACGAAGAAAAUCAGCAUCUGCAGUUGACAAUUCAGGCUCUUCAAGAUGAGCUUCGCACCCAGAGAGACCUUAAUCAUCUCCUCCAACAGGAGAGUGGCAAUCGCGGGGCCGAGCACUUCACCAUCGAACUGACGGAGGAGAAUUUCCGAAGGCUCCAGGCUGAACAUGACCGCCAGGCCAAAGAGUUGUUCCUCCUGCGGAAGACCUUAGAAGAGAUGGAGCUGAGGAUCGAAACCCAGAAACAGACCCUCAAUGCCCGCGAUGAAUCCAUCAAGAAACUCCUAGAAAUGUUACAAAGCAAAGGUUUGCCUUCAAAAGGCAUGGAAGAUGACAAUGAGCGAACCCGAAGGAUGGCUGAGGCGGAAUCUCAGGUGAACCACUUAGAAGUGAUCUUAGACCAGAAGGAGAAAGAAAACAUCCAUCUGAGAGAGGAGCUGCACAGAAGGACCCAACUUCAGCCAGAACCGGCCAAGACCAAGGCUCUCCAGACCGUCAUAGAGAUGAAGGACACAAAAAUUGCUUCACUGGAACGGAACAUCCGGGACCUGGAGGAUGAGAUCCAGAUGCUGAAAGCCAAUGGGGUCCUGAAUACGGAGGAGCGUGAAGAAGAGAUCAAGCAAGUGGAGGUUUACAAGAGCCAUUCCAAGUUCAUGAAGAACAAGGUGGACCAGCUGAAGCAGGAGUUCUCCAAGAAGGAGUCGGAGCUCCUGGCCCUACAGACCAAGCUGGAGACGCUCAGCAACCAGAACUCGGACUGCAAGCAGCCAUCAGGGGCCUCCAAGGUCUGACCCCAAGAGCAGCGCGCCGCCAUCCUGCAGACCGAGGUUGAUGCCUUGAGAUUACGAUUGGAGGAGAAAGAAUCUUUUCUCAACAAAAAGACCAAACAGCUACAGGACCUCACAGAAGAGAAAGGGACAUUGGCUGGAGAGAUCCGAGAUAUGAAGGACAUGCUGGAAGUGAAGGAAAGGAAAAUCAACGUACUGCAGAAAAAAAUCGAAAACUUGCAAGAACAAGUCAGAGAUAAGGACAAACAGCUGAGCAACCUGAAGGACCGCGUGAAGUCUCUGCAGACGGACUCGAGUAACACGGACACGGCUCUCGCCACCUUGGAGGAGGCUUUGUCCGAAAAGGAGAGAAUCAUUGAACGCUUGAAAGAACAGCGGGAACGUGAUGACCGAGAACGCCUGGAAGAAAUUGAAUCCUUCCGAAAGGAGAACAAGGAUCUGAAGGAUAAAGUCAAUGCUUUGCAAGCCGAGCUCACGGAGAAAGAGUCUAAUCUAAUUGACCUCAAGGAACACGCCUCCUCCUUGGCAUCUGCGGGCCUGAAGCGGGAUUCCAAAUUAAAGUCCCUGGAAAUAGCUAUAGAACAAAAGAAAGAAGAAUGUAGUAAGUUGGAAGCGCAAUUGAAGAAGGCUCAUAAUGUCGAAGAAGACUCCAGGAUGAACCCUGAAUUUGCAGAUCGAAUGAAGCAGCUGGACAAAGAGGCAUCUUACUACCGCGAUGAAUGUGGCAAGGCCCAAGCGGAGGUUGACCGGCUGCUGGAGAUCCUCAAGGAGGUGGAGAAUGAAAAGAAUGAUAAAGACAAGAAAAUCGCCGAACUCGAAAGCUUGAAUUCCAGACACAUGAAGGACCAAAAUAAGAAAGUGGCUAACCUUAAGCACAACCAACAGCUGGAAAAAAAGAAGAAUGCCCAGUUAUUGGAGGAAGUUCGAAGGAGAGAAGAUAACAUGACAGAUAACUCCCAGCACUUGCAGUUAGAAGAGCUGAUGAACGCCCUCGAAAAGACCAGGCAAGAAUUGGACGCUACCAAAGCUCGCCUUGCCUCAACACAGCAGUCCCUGGGUGAAAAAGAAGCCCAUUUGGCCAACUUACGGAUGGAGAGGAGAAAACAGCUCGAGGAAAUCCUGGAGAUGAAACAGGAAGCCCUGCUGGCUGCCAUCAGUGAGAAGGAUGCCAACAUAGCCUUGCUUGAACUGUCUGCCUCCAAGAAGAAGAAGACGCAGGAGGAGGUGAUGACCCUGAAACGAGAAAAGGACCGUUUGGUGCACCAGCUGAAGCAGCAGACCCAGAACAGAAUGAAGUUGAUGGCUGACAAUUAUGAUGAAGACCAUCACCAUUACCAUCACCAUCACCACCAUCACCAUCACCGGUCUCCUGGGAGGUCCCAGCAUUCCAACCACAGACCCUCUCCAGACCAGGAUGAUGAGGAGGGUAUUUGGGCAUAACCGAUCCUAUAAACCAAAGUUCCAGUUUUGUUUUAAGGGUUAUCCGACAGAGAAGCUGGAUGGAGAAAGAAGACACUGUCCCACAAAAAUGCUCUGAUAAUCUAUUGCAGUGGAUCCCACACCCCUCUUCAACGAUGGCCACAAAGGAGGGGAUCAUAGCAAUGGAAGAUGAAUGUUUCCUUUUUGCCAUCCCUUGCAAGACCUAAGGACUGGAUAUGUUCUGCCUUAUCUUGUCUUGUCUCUUGCAGAGUCCAUUCCAUUCAAGAGCAGGAGAGUAGAGUGGACAGAAAGGACAGCGCCUUCAUUUUUCAUAUUGAAUGAGUGAUUUUUUUGGUUUUAUUUUGGAGCUUGGGGAUUAACGAUGUGACCACCUCUCCUAAUUCUCAUACCUUAAUAAUAUUCAGUUUGAGUUAUUUCAAUGCCAUUUGACAAAUUUUAAUACAAUCAAAGUUUAAUUUUGUGAUAAAACAUCUGUUUAGGUCUACUCACUUACCUUCAUCUCCAUUGACUAUGCCAAUUUGGUCAGCAGUGCCAUUUCAAAUGCAUUAGGUUAUCAAACAAAAAGAAAGAAGGAAAGAUAGGAAGAGAGACAGAGAGAGAGAGAGAGAAAGAGAGAGAGAGAGAGAACACCUAACUGAGCUAUUAUUGAAUGGUGUCAAGACUAAUCAUCUCUCCAUCUAUGUGACCUGUUGAACAAAGAAACCUGAAUGCCAAAAAACAAAACAAAACAAAAAACACAUGAGCCUUUAUCCCCCUCUUUUUCUUUAAUCUAUUUUUCAAAUAAUCCUA